AUGGAAUCAAUACAAAGAGAUGAUACUACAGAUGAAGUUGAUGUUAAGGAGAUAUCUGCAGGAGAUCAGCAAAUUGAUGCUAUAAAUAAAGCAGGUGUAAAUUUCGAAUGUUCUUCAUUCAAAUUAUACGAAUCUAUAAGGAGAGAUGCAGAAGCUCGUAAAACUGAAGUACCAAAAAAAGCUGAUUCCGCGAAGGUAGUUGAAUUAUCUCGAAAUAGUGGUAUAUAUAUGUCGUACGAAUCUGUAGAAAGGGAAAAAGCUAUCAAAGGGGAAGAAUUACAAUUAAACGAAUUUGAAGAAACAGUUAAUGUAACAGAAAAAGGCGAAUGGACACACGAGGAACAUUCACCAAAGAAAGAUGUCGUAGCACCUAAAAAUAGUUUAUUCGGAAUAGAUGAAUCUAUGAAGAAUGAUGAAGAGGGAACUACCAUAGGUGCUACAUUACCAAAAGUUAAAUGUACUAAGAAAAUCAAUAUAACGGAAAAUAACGAAUCUUUGGAAAUAUUAGAUUUCAUGAAAAAAAAUGAAACUGCCACCGAAAGGGAAGUACUACAGGGAGUUCCCUGGGCAGCGAAACAGGGUGUAAUGAAUACAGUGAACCCGACAGAAAAAAGUGAUUCUUUGAAAAGAAUUGACGCAAAUUCUAAGGAAAAAUUAUCACCAAAUGAUAGGUCUUUGAGCUCAGUUGAAAUAAAUACUAGGAAGAAAUCAUUGAAAAAAGGUGAUUUCUUGAGUUCCGUUGAUGCAGUUAGUAAGGAGAAGUUCAACGAAAAACAUGAUUCUUUCAGUUCACGUCCUAUAGACACCAGAAAGAGAGUAUGGAAAACAGUUAAUACUACAGUACCAGGAGAUGUAAUUACUAAAAAGGAAGAACUGGAAACGGACGAUUCUGUUAGUAUCACUUAUUCGGUCCCUAAAAAGGGAGUAUUCCGAAAGGAUAGCUCGCCAAGUGAGGUUAGUACAACAACUAAUGAAAAAUCCUCGAGGAAGGAUGAUUCUUCUAGCGUAGAGGAUGAUAGAAGUUCAGAUUAUUCAACACGAAGACGGGAUGUAAGUUCCGGUGAGGAAUCGUAG